AAGGUACAACGUUUCGUGUUGAAACGUUUUCUUUGUCUCAUUGGCUUAACUCGGAUGACAAAGAAAAUGUCGUAUGUUUUCUACUUUCAGUAAUAAUAUAGAUGAAUAAGGAAAUUCGCGUGUCUAGCACAGACUUCAAAAUAACAACACCAACAGUAAAUUUACUGCAAAGUAUAGCCCCACUGGAAGGCUCAUUCUCGCAAUCAAGAGUAAUGCUAUAAGACCGCUGGGAGUGGCAAUGCAUGUUCUACAAAACUAAUAAGUAGUUUGUAAGACUUAUGAACUUUAAAUACAAACUGUGAAAGAAAAAGAAUGGCGAAAUAUUUGUGUCGUCUUCUCAGCAGCUUCUUCCUGUAUCUGAUCGCAAUAGCUCUACUUUCUACUGGUCUGGCGACGUACGGCUGGUACAGAGUCGUUAAUAGCAAUUUUUAUUUUAGCGGAGAAGUCAGUUAUUAUUAUGAUUACAACUAUAACCGGUAUGUCGGAACACCGUACGAUGGAGAUAAAUCUGGAUAUACGAUCGCCAUCUAUAUCCUGCUGUUUGUGGCCAUUUCCUUUGCCUCGUUGUGCCUGAUUCUCAACUUUGUCAUGCUGUGUGCUGACUGCUGCUGUCGCAUCACUAAAUGUAUGACUGUCAUACCGAAGAUCAUUUCAGGGUUCGCCACACUGGCAGGUGUUUUAGCCGACGCUGCUUGCGUGGUUUUCCUCAUCAAAAUCUAUGUUGGACGCCGACCCUCUGAUGUGUUUGGGAUCGAAGAGGUCUAUCCCAUUCCCAGCUAUUCUUUUUACCUGGUAGCUCUCACCGGAAUUUUCCUAAUGGUUGCCGGAUGCAUCAUUUGCGGUGUCAAGCACGCCACCAAAGUGGAGGAUUCGGAGAGCGACGUGAGGAUAGUGGUCUCAGGGUCAGCAAGUCAGAGCCAGUCGCAGUGGGCGACCCCUGCCAACCAACAGGGCAUGUACAUGGGGGCACCACCCUUCUACCAGUCCCAGCAAAUGGCGUUUGCGAACGGUAACCCGCCCUACAACCAAGUACCCCUGAAGAUAUUUGUAACUCAUACCUCUACACAAACAACGUAAUUUUAACGUAGUAAAGGGCUGGGGAAAUUUUUUUGUGAAAAUAGUUCAUUACAAUGUUUCUUUUUUUAUUCGCGAUUUUUAUGAUGAAAUUAACAAAAGAAGGGGGUCGCUAUAUUUGCCAACUAUUUAAAACAAAAUGAAGCGAAAUUACAAAAAAAAAAGCUUAGAAAUGGUUGAGAUUGAGAUUUGUAUAUAUUCCAAAAAACUAUGAACAGCAAGAUUUUGUUGGUGUAUUCGGUGUACUAAAUUAAGGAAAUGUUGACCAAACAUUUUUAUGGUGUAACGGUACUCUAUAAUAUAGAAUUCUUCAUGUAAUCUAUGACUUUAAGAAAAAUAAAUGGGUAACUAGCUAAUGGUAAUACAGUGGUCUUGAGGUGAAGAUCAACUGUAUGGGAUUGAGAUAUUGUUUUAAGUUGCAGCUUAAUUAUUUUUUUAUUUAGUUGGGAAAAAAUACGAAAGUUAAAUUUGGCGUCCUUGACAUUUUUAAAGUUUAUCUUGAAAAUCUCAAAUAUAGUGCACACAAACUAUUCCUCUAUAAGAUACAGAACUUAGAAAUUUCCUUUCUUUUAAUGUCCACCGUAUGCAUCAAAAAGCUAGCUACUUUGUAAUCAAUCCUCCAUAGAUGAAAAUACCCAAUAGUUUAUAGAUUUUAAUAAUUAUCAAGUUUGUUUUUUCUAUGAGCGAAAUGUCUUUUUUUUUUUCAAUUAGAAAAUUAGAAAAAAAAAACAAGACCAAUAUGAAAUCUGAUUAUGGUUUUCAUAUAUAUAUAUAUAUAUAUAUAUAUAUAUAUAUAUAUAUAUAUAUAUAUAUAUAUAUAUAUAUAUAUAUAUAUAUAUAAUUUUAUAUUGUUAUAGGCCUAAACGCACUUCGUACUUAAAUAUCGUAGUAAAAUUAUUUAUUUAUUAGUCUUUGUUUGUUCUAUCUAAAUCUACGUAUAGAAAAAAAUGUAAUUGUUUUUCUAUUAUGUUUUACACAUUUUUUACUUGACUGUGAUAAAAGCAAAUGCCAAAAACAAAAAUAAUAUUUAUUAUGAAUGGACUUGUGUUUCCUAGAAAGACGGAAUUCCGUUCUUCUUCUUCUUGUUAUAGUUGUUUGUUUUUUUAACACUAAGCUAGCAUAGUGUCUAUAUAUUUAAUGACAUACUGCUAGAUUGGUGGAGGGCUACAUUAAAAAAAAAAUAAGUCUUAAACUACGAAACCGCUGAAAAGUGAAAUUUUGUUACUAAAUCUCCAUUUAUGGUGAAAAAUGGGAGGCCUGAAUCCAUUGAAAUUGGAUAGACAUUGAAUUGACCUAGCACUUGGCUACUAUAAUCUUUAAAAAAAUUUCUUCUUUGUUUUCUAAAUUAAAAAAAUGGCAAAGAAAUGCAACUAUUUGAUAAAGCUCGAAUAUUUAUUUUUAAUGAUGUGCUUGUGAGAUACAGCUUUUCUAUAUUAUUAACAAUCUCUUAUUGUCUUGGCAUAUCGAACAUGUGUUUUAUUUAUAAGAAAAUAGUUACUUGCAAAGAGUUUGACGAGACAGUAUUUUAUUUUAUUUUUUAUUUUUCAAGCCAAUCAAUCGUACUAAUUAUUUACACUUUUAAAUCCUGUCCUAUUGAAUAGCAGUUAUAGUUGUUCAAUUUUUCAAACACUGACAUGUGAUAAAACAUAGUAAAACUUGACAUUAUUUUGUUCUUGUUUUGUUGUUCCGUUUUCAACUUAGAGUUGGGUUUAUAAACCAGGACUUUAAUAUUCUGUUUCACUUCCUAAUUUGGAUGAACUCUAUGUGGCAUGUGCUUCGGGCUAUCUUCUCGUUAAAUUCGAAUCUAUUUUUAAAAAGACGCUACAGAAAGGCGACCAGGAAAACUAUUUGUUGCUUAGUACAAACAAUUUUAGUAAUAAUAAUAAUUAAGCUUGGUUUGUCUUCGAGUCCGAAGAUUAAAUUGAUGUACA